CCGGCGCCUUCUGCUCCGGGGACAAACUAUUUUUAGGAAGACUUGUGUCAUUCUGGGAGAAGCGGUUACUGUAACAAUCUCCAGAAUGUUACAGUAUCUCACUCUGUUGCUGACUUGGGGCCUAGUCAUCUCGGUACCACCCAAAAACCCCAAUGAAUUUGAAAACCCCUCAAGUGGUAUACAGGAGACGAAAGACACUGAAGGAUUUUGCGGCGAUCCGCCAAGGGUUCCCCACUCCACUAUAGACGGGACAGCGCCGCCAUACAAAGAAGGCACUCCGCUACUAUACAUCUGCAACCCGGGCUACUAUUUAGAUGGCAGUCCGUAUUCACGAUGUCUCCGAGGAAUCUGGGACGGCCCCAUUAUGGCUUGCCGACCUAAAUCUUGCAGCGAUCCCGGCUACCCGCGCCAUGGCUAUAGACACAGUUCCGAUUUUACGUACGGCGCCCGCGUGUUUUACUACUGUAAUGAUGGCUACAAAUUAGUUGGGGACAGUUUCCGAACGUGCGAACUUGAUACCGAGUGGACUGGUACAUUGCCUACUUGCGAAGCUAUAAAAACACCGGAGGAAUCGGCCAUUGUGGAGGAGAAGGGCUCAGGUGAGAUACAAGUUGAAGUUCCCAGUCCCGAUGCCAGGAAGACCACACCCGUGGGAAGAAAAACGGUUUAUGAUUACGAAAGUAUCCCGUCCAAACCCAUCGACAGGGACGUGCUGAUAGACGGUGACUUAGGGCCAGAUCCCGACUAUCCUAUCUCACCAGAAGACCCAUACUCAAAUUAUGGCGAAUUAGAAAGUGAAAGUGAAACCGGAACUAAACAUCCAGAUAAUGAAAAGGCGGCGAAGACCACUCCAAAGUCAAAUUUACAUGUCAUUAAGCUUUACCCUGAGAAACCGUUAGACGCAUUAACUCGCAACAACAACAACGAUCCUGAUGAAAGCUCAACCAGUAAGCCAAGAACCCCAUCCUCUGAUUCCUUGACUACCGACCUUAUUCCAGAAUUCCUCAAUCGUCACGAUGCCAUUCCUGCGAAAACGGAGACUUUGGACACGCUGGUAGAUCUCGACGACCUGGAACCCAUAAAGGUGGAUCCCGGACCGGAUGUCAGCGAACCCGAUCACGAAUCUGGUUCAGGUUCCGGUUUUUCAUCAGGGGAGGUAAUUGAUGAAGAAAUAGAAUUGGGAUUGUUUACAACAGCGUCACCACCUUCACCUGGAGCUCCAUGUGGAGCACCGCCUUCCAUAGAAAACGCCUGGCAUGACGGAACGGGCGUUCCGUACCAGGACGGCUCCUACGUGACAUAUACGUGUGUAGAGGGCUAUUACACAGAGGGCUACUCCCAUGUGUCAUGUCGCAAUGGAACGUGGGAAGAUCCAAGAUUCACGUGUAUUGUGAAAUCUUGUGGAGAGCCUCCGGUGCCAGAGAAUGGUUACAAACACGGUAUGAUGUAUACCACGGGAUCGCAUGUCUUUUUCAACUGUAACGAAGGAUACGAAAUAGUAGGGGACAAUUACCGGACCUGCCAGCCGAAUCAGACCUGGAGCGGAAGUGUCCCUUUUUGCCGGCUUAAGGCCUGUUCAGAUCCUGGGGAUUUGUCUAACGGUUACAGACAAGGUUUCGUCAGCACGUUUGGUUCCACGGUCUUCUAUUUCUGUAACGAAGGCUAUGAGAUGGUUGGUUCCAGUAACCUGACAUGCCGGAGUGAUCAGACGUGGUCAGCAGAGCGACCAACCUGCCGCGAGAAGACCUGCGGGACACCAUCUGCCAUUGCCAACGGCUAUUUUUCCGGAAGCGAAUAUACCAUCGGCGGGAGAGUGUUCUAUUAUUGUAACGAAGGCUACCAUCUGGUGGGAGAGAAUUACAUGUACUGCAAUGCUGAUCAGAACUGGUCUGGUGAUGCGCCAACCUGCAUAGCCAAGUCAUGUGGUGAUCCAGGUGACAUUGCCAACGGUUACCGCCAGGGGGCGGAGUUUUCUGUUGGUGCUCGUGUCCAUUUCUACUGUAAUGAAGGCUACGAGCUGAUUGGUCAACAUUUCCGGACUUGUCUUAUCACUGAGGAGUGGUCGGAUGCUGUCCCCAUCUGUCAGGCGAUGGAGGAGACCGUAAUCGACAAUAGCACCGAAGAGACGACUGAAGGCCCGACGGUCAUUGCUAGUGUUACAGAUGACGAGGACAUCCUAACAGAGGGCAGUUCCGAUCUGUGGCAGAAUUCAGGCCUCGGGUCUGGAUUUGAUUUCAUCUGUGACGAGAACACCUGUAAAUUUGGCGGCGUCUGUUUCCCGAGCGCAGUCCACUUCCAGUGCGUGUGUAACUUCACUUGUGAAAAUAGUCCGGCUGAAGUCACGUGCGGAUCAGAUGGCCAUGUCUAUGGCAACACGUGCGAGAUUCGCCUAGCCUCGUGCAAAACUCAAAGACUGAUCACAUCAGCGCCCAAUAACAUGUGUAAAGAUUUGUCAGUUGAGAAGCUGUUGCCUUCCUGUGGAAUGGAUAGUGAAGAGCCAGAGUGGAGUGACUGGUCUCUUUGGAUUCGAUCUGGGAGCAAGGACAUCCGGUUCCGGCACUGCCGAUCUGACAAGGCACGUGCUGACGGAAGAUCUCAUUGCGCAGGUCACGAUAUUCAAACGAGGCUGUGCGCCAAAGAGAGAUCAGACGUGUGCCGAUCAGAAGACGGAACUCUAGGAUAUCAGUACCGAUACAAAUGUAAAGGUGUGGAUGGACAUGACCUACCGGAUUCUAACGAAGUGUUCGUGGGGAAUAACAGUUAUGAGGACUGUUGGUUUUCCUUGUUUACGGUGAAGAAUUCCAAGUACAAGUAUUUCAAAUGGAGCUUCUCUCGGCUGAUGGAAGAAGGGAAUGUCCAGAACUGGUGCCACAAGCGAAAUCAGUUUAUUCCCUUUUACCCCGGGCAUGGUUACUGUGAAAUGGCUUUGCACUACUUUUGUCACAGCCAGUCAAAAUGCUGGUAUGAAGACGACAAGGAACAGUCAAAACCUGAUGACCGAUUGGACACUUGUUGGACACGAUUCGCGUUCGGUGGACGACCCCCAACAACGUUCGAAGAAGCCAAGAGUACCCAAAGUGUUAUAUGUCAAAAGUAUUCAGAGAAGAGCAGUUUCGGUACGAUGUUUGGUGAAGGAAUAGCCCACUUUGCUACCCUAUACGACACAACUAAACGCAUUCCAGUAUUCUCCUUUGGCAAGCUUGACAGGAUGAGUGACGGAGGGUGGCCGGUCGUGCCUUAUCUGCUGGAAAGAGGUCUUGUUGACGAAGGAAGGUUCAUAUCUUGGCUCUUCUCCAACCCAGAGAAAGGACUGACGUCACAGUACGAGCUCUCAAGCAAGCUGAAGGAGAACCUGUGCAAGCUAGGCAGGAACCAGGCCCUCUAUGAUGACUACAAGCUGUCAGGGUUCCGUGUGGGUCCCCUAUUGCCCCCGGAACUCACUGGGUGUCACCCGGCCUCGAAAGUGGCCUCCUUCGCUUUGACCAACAGCGCCCCGAUGCAUCUGACCCAGUACUAUGCCUGGACAGGGGCCAUGGCGGGCGUCAGGGAAUACGCCAUCAAGAACUGUGGGAUAAUCAUCGAGCGUGACCACACGGGGGUGUACUGUCGGAACCCAGAGACCGUCACGUCUUCCUUGUAUCUAGUCAGCGGUGCCGUGGCUUCUCAUGAUCCCAAGAAGACCAUUGGUAACGAUGUGAAUGUUCCCUCAUUGGUGUGGAUGGCGGGCUGUUGUGUGGACACGGAUGGUGCAAGGGUGCGCUCCUUCGCCUUCUACCUCAUGAACAAGGCGGAUUUCCCUGUGCGUAAGGUUCCUGUCUCCGAGCUAGAGACACUGCUAAGCGUCAUGACAGACCCCAAAGAAGGUGGUGGGUCCCCAAUGAAAAUUUUCCCAGCAUCAGCGGGUAUAUGUGGGAAUCCGCUAAAUGACGACACUGAGCGUCUGAAUGUAUAGGUUAGCCCGUCUUUAUGAACGUUUCAAGAAAGGAUCAUUGAUAUUACAAUCACCUGGGAACAGCAAGAACAUAGGCAGUUCAGUGUCUGCCGCUAGUUUUCUCCAGUCAAAAGGAUGAACUGAACAUAUUGCGUGGCGAGUUCAUUGCUUCCUUACCCAAUGGAUUUCAUUUAAGCACCGUGCUGCGGGUAAAUGAUGGCGCUGCCGUGGAACUGUUAUCGUGAAACCACUCCGAUUUGUGGAGAUGAAUCCUACUGGCAGUACGGUUAUAUACUGUUUCAUAUGCUUUAUGACAGCACACAUGCAGACCCAGUGACCAGGUCUGACUAGUGCCUCUCGAUAUCUCACGGAAAUAUGUGUCUCAUUUUUGUCAGUCUUGUCGUGAGUGAAUUUGACGUGAAGAAAAUAUGGAUUAUUAGCUAGAGAAAAUAUUCAACAAAUGUAAUGACACUGAUAUAUUUAGUAAAACAACCUAUGGUAUCAUAUUCAAUGUGAUUUGGAAGCGUAAUGACGAAUGUUUUCAGCGGAUAUUGCGAUUAUAGACUUGACAGCCCAAAUGCAGGGGAAUGAGCUCUGUAACUACCUUUGCGCGUUACGAAAGUGAGCUAAGGGAUGAAAUAUACCAGGCUUAAAACAAAGAGCAGAUGCCGUUUCUAACAUUAUCAUAAGUAUUGUUUCUUCGUUUGUUAAUGGAUAUGACGAAAUGGCGUCUAUGGAAUUCGUCGUCGGUGAUAAAUUUAGCGAAUUCAUGUGUGUUUCUAAACGAUUAAUUAGUGCAUUAAUUGCGUGACUAUUUAUGUAGCAAUAUUCAUCGAUGGUGAUGAAACUGUUGACAUUCAUACACAAUUGUUCUUCGAUAUUAUGAGAAAACAAAGCGAUCUGCGAUGACGCAUUUUUCGUUUUAUCUAAUCCCGUUUAUGUUAAAAUUCUUGUGUGCGAUUAUAAAUGCUUGUGAUGGAGAAUUUUAUAUAUAAUGAAUUUGAUAUCUCCUGUUGAAUUGUUAAUAUCUCUGGCAAACCUUCGUUAAUUUGUAGUUUUAAAAGCUUUAUGAAAGAACAAACGUCAUUAAAAUGUGUUUGUAUACUUGA